AUGGCUGGAAGGAAUGACGCUGCAAUGGCUGCCGCAAUGCAAGCAAUGGCACAAGCUGUGCAGAACUUGCCAAAUGCUGGUGGAGAUGCUGGAUCACGUAGCUUGGCGACUUUUCAGAGAGAGAAUCCGCCGGUGUUUAAAGGGAAGCAUGAUCCAGAUGCAGCCUUGGGAUGGUUGAAAGAGAUUGAGAGAAUCUUCCGUGUUAUGGAUUGCACUCCAGCUCAGAAGGUUCGGUAUGGUACUCACAUGCUAGCAGUCGAAGCUGAUGACUGGUGGCUAGAGACUCACGAGAGGUUGACUGUGGCAGGUGAAGUCAUUACUUGGGAUGUAUUCCGUAGGGAAUUCAUGAGGAAGUACUAUCCGGAAGAUGUCCGUGGUAAGAAGGAAAUUGAGUUCCUUGAGCUGAAGCAAGGAAACAUGUCUGUCACUGAUUAUGCUGCGAAAUUUGUGGAGCUGUCCAAAAUUUAUCCUCAUUACACUGGUGCUGGUGCUGAAUUUUCAAAGUGCAUCAAGUUUGAAAAUGGACUGCGCUCUGAAAUUAAGAAGGCUGUUGGGUAUCAGAAGAUACGCAUUUUUAAUGAAUUGGUUGAUAGCUGCAGGAUAUUUGAAGAAGACAAUAAUGCUCAUUACAAGAUUGUCAGUGACCGCAGGGGCAAGCAACAUCAAAAUCGUGGCAAGCCGUAUGAUGCUCCAGCUGGAAAAGGGAAGCAAAGAGCUGCUCCGGCUCAGAGAGCUAGUGGGGGAGGUGCUCCUGUUGGUAUAGUUUGCUUCAAAUGUGGUCAGGCUGGUCAUAAGAGUAAUGUAUGCACUGUUGAAGUAAAGAGGUGUUUUCGCUGUGGUAAGACUGGCCAUGCAAUAGCUGAUUGCAAGCACAAGGAAGUGAUUUGUUUUAAUUGUGGCGAAGAAGGGCAUAUUGGAAGUCAGUGUCAGAAGCCAAAGAAAUCUCAAACGGGGAAGGUGUUCGCAUUGACUGGAACUCAAACCUCCAGUGAGGACAGACUUAUCCGAGGUACGUGUUAUAUUAAUGGGUUUCCUCUUGUAGCUAUUAUUGACACAGGUGCGACUCAUUCCUUUAUAUCUUUGGAUUGUGCUGUGAAACUUAAGUUAGAGAUAUCUGAGAUGUUUGGUAGUAUGGUGAUUGAUACUCCUGCGAAGGGUUCAGUGACUACUACUUUGGUUUGUUUGAAUUGUCCUUUGAGUAUUUUUGGUAGAGACUUUGGAAUGGACCUAGUGUGUCUUCCACUAGUGCAGAUUGAUGUUAUUCUGGGUAUGAACUGGUUGGUGUUUAACCGAGUUUCUAUCAACUGUUUUGAUAAG